AUGGUGAAGGUGAAAGCGGGCGAAGGGGAGAAAGAUGCGCGGAAGGGAAUCGUGAAGAAAUCCAUCGAGAAGAAGUACGAGAGGAGCAGGAUAGCCGCGGAAGGCGACAAGAAGUUGUCGGUCAGGAAGAAGUUCGGGCAGAACAAGGAAUUGAGCGCCAUGGGCGAGUCGCAGUGCGGGAUAGGCGGCGGCGUAGGCGGCGAAAUGGUCAGCGGAAUGGGCACCGGGGUUGACAGCGGCGUGUCCGACGAACUGGGGCGAACCCUACAGGGAGACCAACUGCACGGACGCGCGCGGGACGGAGAGGAAAGCAAGCAGGGCGAGCAAAUGGACUACGAAGUGGUGCGGAACAUCAGCAGAAACCUCAACCGGCAGCUGAGCAAAGGCGUGGGCGACGAGUGUGUGAAGAACUUAGUGACGCAAGUCAGUUAUAGCCACCUCUUCACGCUUCUAAAGAAUAUAUUAACAUACCUGCCAUUUUCUAUAAAUGACUACCUAAUAGGAACGUUGGAACUGAAAGAAAUCAUAGACAACAAAUACAACACCUGCUUCCAGCUAUACGAGAAAGAAGGACUGAUGAAGCACAUUUACGAAAAUGAAUCAAAAAAUUUAGUCGACAACAAGGUCUUUAAUUUAUUUCUCAAGUAUAGAAUAAUGCAAAAUAAAAAGGGGCCACUGAACCACAUGCACGUGGUAAAUUUUCAAGAAAGUGGAAAAGAACCCACCCUGGAAAACAUCCUAAUUGAGAAGUCUCGAAUCUUUAUGUACAAAAUACAUUCCUUUAUCGAAGGGAGAGAUUUAAACCUUUCAUACAUAUACGAGAUUUGUCACGGGCUCGGAUACAAAACGGAGACUUUCCUCCUAUCUGUGUUCAUCUUCGACUCAUACAUGCAUAGUAUUAACAAAAUGACGGAAAAAAAUCAUUACAGGAAAAUUAAGCUUCUGGUCAUUAUCUGCUCCAUUUUACUAGCGCUGAUAAAGACACAGACUUUUAACGGUUCCAGCAUUAUGUACCUAAAUGAUAUCCUCUACCUUGUGAAUAAGCUUCGACAUGAAAAAGUCAAUUACACCUGUAUCGAAAUUGCCAACAAACAGAUGGAAAUAAUCAAAUUUCUUCCACUUAACUAUAAUAACUAUUGGACCUACUCAGAGCUGACUUAUGUUUAUUUAAUUAAUUUAAAAAGCUGUUCGAAGAAAUAUCCGGCGAUUAAGAUUUAUUACAUUUUUCUGGAACACUUUGGAUUUCUUUACUUCCUCUUUGACGUCAUUUACGCCUACUCUAUGUACAUCACGGCGGUCGGUUCGUACAAGGUGAUUCCUCCGAGCAGAGUUGUCUCCACGAUCAUUUUGUAUUUCACCAACGCCUUUUACAACAGGAUGAGCAACAGCUUGCUCUUCCAGGAGAACUUUUGUCAGGAGGUUUUUCAUCUCCCCUUUGCCAACGAUCUGUUUAUGUGGUCCUACCUGCUGCUGAACAAUUUUAUUUACUUCUUCGAACACUGCGUCCUUCCGAACAAGAACUACUCCUCCAUUUACUCCAUCUUUUAUGAGACGGGCCGCAUGCUCAACAUCCGCACGGUUUUCUGA